GUGAAUAAACUGGCUGAUUCAACGGGUACUCACUCUCUGUACACAACAUACAAGGACUAUGAAAUCAUGUUCCACGUUUCCACUAUGUUGCCAUAUACGCCAAACAACAAGCAACAGCUUCUGAGAAAACGACAUAUUGGAAAUGAUAUUGUGACAAUAGUUUUCCAGGAGCCUGGAGCACAACCCUUCAGCCCAAAGAACAUUCGGUCCCACUUCCAGCACGUCUUUGUCAUUGUACGAGUGCACGGUCCCUGCACUGACAGUGUCUGUUACAGUGUUGCUGUGACAAGAUCCAGAGACGUACCAUCCUUUGGACCACCUAUUCCGAAAGGUGUCACGUUUCCUAAGUCGAAUGUGUUCAGGGACUUCUUACUGGCCAAAGUCAUUAAUGCAGAGAAUGCUGCUCAUAAAUCCGAGAAGUUCCGUGCGAUGGCCACCAGGACCCGACAAGAGUACUUGAAAGACUUGGCAGAGAAGAAUGUCACCAACACUCCUAUUGACCCUUCUGGCAAGUUCCCCUUCAUCUCACUUGCUUCAAAAAAGAAAGAGAAGUCCAAGCCUUAUCCAGGAGCAGAGAUCUAUAGUUCUGGUGCUAUUGUGUGGAGUGUCCAUGCAAAAGACUACAGCAAGGGUAUGGAAAUAGACUGUCUCCUGGGCAUCUCUAACGAGUUCGUUGUCCUCAUUGAACAGGACACCAAAAGCGUGGUGUUCAAUUGCUCCUGUCGAGACGUGAUAGGGUGGACUUCAACGGACACAAAUAUCAAAAUAUUCUAUGAGAGGGGUGAAUGCGUUUCUCUGGAGAGCUUCAUCAGCAACAUUGAUGAUAUCAAAGAGAUCGUCAAAAGGCUGGAGCUUGUGACUAAGGGCUGUGAAACAGUGGAGAUGACUCUGCGCAGGAAUGGUCUGGGCCAGCUUGGUUUCCAUGUGAACUACGAAGGCAUAGUGGCAGAUGUGGAGCCCUACGGCUACGCCUGGCAGGCGGGUCUGCGGCAGGGCAGCCGGCUCGUGGAGAUCUGCAAGGUGGCCGUGGCCACCCUGAGCCACGAGCAAAUGAUUGACCUUCUCAGAACUUCGGUAACGGUGAAGGUCGUCAUCGUCCCGCCAUACGAGGACUGCACGCCACGCAGGAGUUCUUCCGAAAACUACCGCAUGCCAGUGAUGGAAUACAAAGUGAACGAAGGAAUGUCGUAUGAAUUCAAGUUUCCCUUCAGAAAUAAUAACAAAUGGCAGCGAAAUGCAAGCAAAGGCCAGGGACCUCACGUGGCUCAGGUACCAUCCCAGAUACAAAGUCCGGUGCCGUCUAGGAUCGGCUCUGGGAAAGGAGAAGGAAAGAUGGGACCCCCGGAACGAGCAGCCAACAUCCCCCGCAGCAUCUCCAGCGACGGGCGCCCGUUGGAGAGCCGGAGGUUGUCUCCUGGUUCCGAUGUCUACGUCACCGUUUCAUCCAUUGCCUUAGCAAGAUCGCAGCAGUGCCGCAAUUCUCCGAGCAACUUAUCGUCCUCAAGUGAGACCGGCUCUAGUGGGGGCACGUACAGGCAAAAAUCAAUGCCGGAAGGGUUUGGAAUUAGCCGUAGAUCCCCUGCUUCCAUUGACAGGCAGAACACACAGUCGGAUACAGGCGGUAGCGGCAAAUCCACACCCAGCUGGCAGAGGAGCGAGGAUAGUAUCGCUGACCAGAUGGAGCCAACGUGCCACCUCCCAGCCGUAUCCAAAGUGCUGCCGUCCUUCAGAGAGAGCCCCAGCGGAAGGCUGAUGAGGCAGGAUCCUGUGGUUCACUUGUCUCCAAAUAAGCAGGGUCAUUCUGACAGCCACUACUCCAGCCAUUCCAGCAGCAAUACCCUUUCCAGCAACGCCUCCAGUGCUCACAGCGACGAGAAGUGGUACGACAGUGGAGAGCGCACCGAGUCCGAGCUCAACAGCUACAACUACCUUCAAGGGACUUCGGCCGAUAGUGGUAUCGACACCACUUCCUACGGGCCGAGCCACGGCAGCACCGCGUCCCUGGGAACAGCGACGUCUCCCCGCACGGGGCUCACGAAGGAGAAGGUGGCACCGCUGUGGCACAGCUCCAGUGAAGUGGUCUCCAUUGCAGACAGGACAUUAGAAAAAGAGAGCCACCUGGACCGAAAAACCGAGUCUUCGCUGAGCCUGGAUCUUCACAGCAAGAGCCAGCCAGCCUCCAAUCCUCUAACAAGGGAGAACAGCGCUUAUAGUCUUAGUGAUGCCGUCUCGCAUACGAGUACCAUGAGCUCACGACACUCUGCCAGCCCAGUUGUUUUCACCAGUGCCAGAAGCUCACCCAAAGAAGAGCUUCAUUCUGCUACUUCUCCCCAGCUCGCACCUUCUUUCUCCUCCUCCUCUUCGUCCUCAUCUGGUCCUAGGACUUUCUACCCUCGCCAGGGUGCUACUAGCAAGUAUCUGAUAGGAUGGAAAAAGCCAGAAGGGACAAUAAACUCAGUGGGGUUUAUGGAUUCAAGAAAACGUCACCAGAGUGAUGGCAAUGAAAUGGCCCACCCUCGGCUGCGUGCUUCAGCAAGAGAUCUACGGGCAUCACCAAAACGAGCAUCCAAGUCCACCGUUGAAGAAGAUCUGAAGAAAUUGAUAGAUCUUGAUAGCCCAACACCCGAGUCCCAGAAGAAUUUUAAGUCUCCCUUUCCCAGCACUCCUACCACAAGGCGUGCCUUGCAAAGGACUUUGUCAGAUGAGAGUAUUUACAGUGGUCAAAGGGACCACUUCUUCACCUCACGGGCCUCGCUCUUGGACCAAGCCAUGCCAAAUGAUGUCCUAUUCACCAGCACGUAUCCUUCUCUCCCAAAGUCGUUGCCAUUACGGAGACCAUCAUACACUUUGGGAAUGAAAUCACUACAUGGAGAGUUUUCUGCCUCAGACAGCUCCCUCACAGAUAUCCAGGAGCAAAGACGGCAGCCCAUGCCAGACCCUGGUCUUAUGCCAUUGCCUGACUCCGCCUCUGAUCUGGACUGGUCAAACUUGGUGGAUGCUGCCAAAGCCUUUGAAGUUCAGCGAGCUUCAUUCUUUGCUGCUGCUGAUGAAAAUCACAGACCGGUGAGCGCUGCCUCCAGUAGUGAUCAGGCUGAGGACCAGCUUACUGCACAGCUAAAGCCUUAUACAGGUAAAGAAUCUCCACCAACUCUCGCCUCUAAAGUGGACCAACUGGAAGGUUUGCUGAAGAUGCUGCAAGAGGAUUUAAGGAAGGAAAAAGAGGACAAGGCCAGUCUUCAGGCUGAAGUGCAACACUUACGGGAAGACAACUUGAGGUUACAGGAGGAAUCCCAGAACGCAACCGAGAAACUGAAGAAAUUCACCGAAUGGGUUUUCAACACAAUUGAUAUGAACUGAGAACAGUGUACGGGGAAGGAAACUAUCUGUUAUGAAUAUUAUUCCUGGGACUUAAGCUUUAAUGCCACCUUAAUCAUGACAUGUGAAAGUAUAGUCAGAGCACUUCCCUGUCCUUCAUCCUCCAAUAACCCUUUUUUGCAUCUCUGCGUGCACUCGGAGCAAUUGCAGAUCAACAAUCAAUGUCUGCCUUUUGUAGAAAAAAAAAACAAAGUAAAUAAUUUUAAAAAGGUAAAAUAAAAGUUUAACUGCUAAAA